UUCUCCACCUGCUGCCACCUGUUCGCCUCCCUUCCCCAUCAUAUAAAAGCCCUCCGCCCACACAAGGGAGCACACUGCAGAGCCUGGCUGUGCUGGAGUUCAGCUCCAUCUUCAUCAGGGUUAGAGUUCUAUAUUAAGGAAGAAGUUCUGCAUAAGCACCGAUACUUUGAGGAGAUUAAUCGGCGGUCUUUGUGAGGGGCAGUUAAUCAGAGGCUGGCCUUUUCUGCUUCCUCAGAAGAGUGUGUGGACAGCCACUCCCGUGGGACAGGGACUUUUGGAUGUGCUUGGUGAUUAAUCCUUCCGAAACAUGAGGUCCUGUCAGCCCGGCUCUGCAGAUUCCAGCUCUGAAACGGAGUCUAAAAGUCCGGAGAAGUAUGAGAAUGUGACACGGCGGAGGACGGCAGCCAACGCCCGCGAGAGGAAGAGGAUGCAGGGCCUGAACACAGCAUUCGACCGCCUGCGCAAAGUCGUCCCUCAGUGGAGCCAGGACAAAAAACUCUCAAAGUACGAGACCCUGCAAAUGGCCCUGAGCUACAUAAUGGCCCUCAAUCGGAUUCUAAUAGAUGCCCGGAGGCACAGCGCCCCCCACUGUCAGUGGCUGGAUCUGCACAUUGGGAGUAUACAGCAAGACAACUAUCCUUGUUAUUUUGGACAAAGCUCUCCAGCAAGCAAUGAGCACCUUCAUCCCUCUCCUUAUCAGUGUGACUGCUUCCACAUCACUAAUUAGAACAAGGAUAUUUAACAUAGCUGUUCUGCUAUCUGGUCCUGCAUUUCCUCCUACUCCAGGGUAAAUAUAUUUGUACUGCAUCUUGUUUUAUAUAUAUAUUUUUAACAAUGCUUUCAU